AUGGUUGAAUACGUAAUUACUUAUAUCGCCCAUGGUGAUGAGUUGAAGGAUUCUGAGGUUAAAGGUUUAACCUCAGAUAUCGAAUCGAGAUUAAAAGUGGCACCUGUUAAAUCUAGACGUUUGGGUUUGCGUGCCUAUGAUGUAUACUUCGAGCUAUCUACAGAUGAUUUGAAGCCUUUGUUGGCUGAUAUUAUCGAUUCUGCUCAAGGAAUAGAUGUCAUUGUUCAGACAGAUGGAACUAAUCGUCAGGAUAAGAAACUUAUAGUGUUCGAUAUGGAUUCAACACUAAUUUACCAAGAGGUGAUCGAAAUGAUUGCCAGUUAUGCUGAUGUCGAAGAUAAGGUAAGAGAUAUCACGAACUUGGCUAUGAAUAAUGAAAUCGAUUUCAAAGAAUCGCUAAGACAGAGAGUUAAACUAUUGGAAGGUUUACAAAUGGAUAGUCUAUAUGAUGAAAUUAAAUCAAAGCUAUUGAUAACAAAUGGUGUCCCAGAAUUUUGUUCUUUUAUGAAGAAAACUCAAGGUACCAAACUAUGUGUUUUAAGCGGUGGGUUCAUCCAAUUUGCUGAGUUUAUUAAAGGUGAACUGGAGUUCGAUUAUGCAAGAGCUAAUCUUUUGGCAUUAGAUGACAAUGGCAGGCUGACUGGUGAAACCAUAGGUGAUAUUGUCGAUGGUCAGUGCAAAGCUGAAACUUUAUUGCAAUUAUGUCAAGAUUAUGAUAUUGACGUUGCAUCAAGUGUAAUGAUAGGCGAUGGUGGGAAUGAUUUAUUAGCAAUGGCUGCUGCUGGUUUUGGUAUCGCCUGGAAUGCUAAACCAACAGUCCAAAAAAAGGCACCAUGCAAAUUGAACACUAAAUCCAUGAAAGAUGUAUUGUACAUAUUUGGAUAUUCUGAUGAAGAAAUUAAAAUUUUAUUCCCUUAA